AGGGUCAGUUUUCUGUAUAAUUAAUUUGUUAUCAUUUCCAGUCAUGGAUUCGAACAUAACACUGUGGCAGUUCCUUCUGGAGCUGCUGCUGAGCAAUCAGCACCAAAACAUUAUCCACUGGACCAGCCAGGAGGGAGAGUUCAAGCUGGUGAAUGCAGAAGAAGUGGCCAGGCUAUGGGGACUUCGCAAGAACAAACAGAACAUGAACUAUGACAAGCUGAGCCGGGCUCUGCGCUAUUAUUACGACAAAAAUAUUAUCAAGAAGUCCAUGGGUCAGAAGUUUGUUUACAAGUUUGUUUCCUUUCCGGAAAUUGUCAAGACAGAGACCAAAUUCAACUCCACAACACCCCCACCACCACUGCAGCUAACUCCCUCAGCAUCACCAGUUCCACCAUCUUUAUCCACUACGCCAUUACCCUCAGCUGGCAUCAACAGAAAUGAUAAUAUAACCAGCAUUUCAUUAUCCUUUUCAUCUGCAACGACUUCAACCACGUCAGUCUCCUCCUCCACCAACAAGCCAAAGCCGAGCCCUAUUACUCUGGGGGUGCCACCCUUAAGUUGUGGACCACUAGGCAGUACUCCGCUCACACCCGCCAGUUCGCACAUGCCCAUAAUUUCACCCUCUGCCAAACACCCAGUGUCUGCCUUUCAUGGUAUCUCCACUCCUCUGUUCUUGGCAAGCCCAAUGCAUCCUGUUCACUUCUGGAGCUCUUUAAGUCCUGUCACUACUCUUAGCCCUCGUUUAAAUUCAUCUAGCUCUGCUUUCCAGUUCCCUGGCUUCUUCAGUGGGCCUUUAACCAUUUCUCCUUUGAAUUUAGGCACUCCAGGUUUGGUCUCAACACCCACACGGACAAUAUCUGUACUUUGA